AUGAAUAUAAAAAUACAACUUCAAAUCUGCCUUUGGGUAAUUUUAUGGCUUUUGUUUGUUCUGCAAGAUGCGGCUGCAGGCAGAAGUCCAACUUCUGAAAAAACUGUCUCAUCUUUCUCUGAUGCAAACCUGAUGUUUGAGUUCUUGCUGCGCGGAGUGGCGAUGGACCGAGACAACAACAUCGUCAUGCUCGACGAGGAGAUGGCAUCGAUGAGGCAAGGGCGGGCGUUUCUGUCUCAGAUCAAUGACAACAUACCAAGAAGUCUGAGCUCCAUGCUGCACAUGGCGACCACAUUGGAAGGUCAAAAGAGGGGACGGCCGAUGACUCAGAAUCAGUUUGACACUCUUGUUCUGAGCAUGGUGUACUCGGCGCAGCAAGCCCGGCAUCAGGAGAGAAAAAAGGAACGAACGGCCUGGAGUGAAGUGCUUCAUCAGCUGGCAAACUACACAGUCUAUGAACUACGUGGAAACUAUCUCUUUAGUUAUGCAUGA